AUGUCCUCGCGAUUCAUCCGCGCUUUGCCGCGCACUGCUACUUAUGCCCGCUCCCCUGCUUCCAGAGUUCCCAGCACAUCUUUCCGCAGAUGGAACUCGACGGAGGGAGAGAAGGUCAAGGGUCAGGUCAUCGGUAUCGAUCUGGGUACCACAAACUCGGCCGUUGCUGUGAUGGAGGGCAAGACUCCCAGAAUCAUUGAGAACGCAGAAGGUGCCAGAACAACACCGUCCGUUGUUGCCUUCGCCCAGGAUGGCGAACGGUUAGUUGGUAUUGCCGCCAAGCGUCAGGCCGUUGUCAACCCCGAGAACACUCUGUUCGCCACCAAGCGUCUCAUCGGUCGCAAGUUCACCGAUGCUGAGGUCCAGCGUGACAUCAAGGAGGUUCCCUACAAGAUCGUCCAGCACUCCAACGGCGACGCCUGGGUUGAGGCUCGUGGUCAGAAGUACUCGCCUUCUCAGAUCGGUGGCUUCACCCUCCAGAAGAUGAAGGAGACCGCUGAGGCUUAUCUGAGCAAGCCCGUCAAGAAUGCUGUCGUGACCGUUCCCGCCUACUUCAACGAUUCCCAGCGCCAGGCUACCAAGGAUGCCGGUCAGAUUGCUGGUCUGAACGUUCUCCGUGUCGUCAACGAGCCUACCGCUGCUGCUCUUGCCUACGGUCUGGAGAAGGAGGCUGACCGUGUUGUCGCUGUCUACGAUCUUGGUGGUGGUACCUUCGAUAUCUCCGUUCUGGAGAUCCAGAAGGGUGUCUUCGAGGUCAAGUCCACCAACGGUGAUACCCACCUUGGUGGUGAGGACUUUGAUAUCAACCUCGUCCGCUACAUUGUCCAGCAGUUCAAGAAGGACUCUGGUCUGGACCUCUCUGGUGACCGCAUGGCUAUCCAGCGUAUCCGUGAGGCUGCUGAGAAGGCUAAGAUCGAGCUCUCUUCCUCUCUUCAGACCGAGAUUAACCUGCCCUUCAUCACUGCCGAUGCUAGCGGCGCUAAGCACAUCAACCUCAAGAUGACUCGCUCCCAGCUUGAGACUCUCGUUGAUCCUCUGAUCAGCCGCACCGUUGAGCCCGUCCGCAAGGCUCUCAAGGAUGCCAACCUCCAGGCCAGCGACAUCCAGGAUGUCAUCCUGGUUGGUGGUAUGACUCGUAUGCCCAAGGUCACCGAGUCCGUCAAGUCCAUUUUCGGCCGUGAGCCCGCUAAGUCAGUCAACCCCGACGAGGCUGUCGCCAUUGGUGCUGCCAUUCAGGGUGCUGUUCUGGCUGGUGAGGUCACUGACGUUCUGCUGCUCGAUGUCACCCCUCUGUCUCUCGGUAUCGAGACCCUCGGUGGUGUCUUCACUCGUCUGAUCAACCGCAACACCACCAUUCCCACCAAGAAGUCCCAGACUUUCUCCACUGCCGCUGACUUCCAGACUGCUGUCGAGAUCAAGGUGUUCCAGGGUGAGCGUGAGCUCGUCAAGGACAACAAGCUGCUCGGAAACUUCCAGCUUGUUGGUAUCCCCCCUGCUCACCGUGGUGUUCCUCAGAUCGAGGUCACUUUCGACAUUGAUGCCGACUCCAUUGUUCACGUCCAUGCUAAGGACAAGUCCACCAACAAGGACCAGUCCAUCACCAUUGCCUCUGGCUCUGGUCUCUCCGACUCUGAGAUCCAGUCUAUGGUUGAGGAUGCUGAGAAGUAUGGUGAGCAGGAUAAGGAGCGCAAGGCUGCCAUUGAGGCCGCCAACCGUGCCGACAGCGUCCUGAACGAUACCGAGAAGGCCCUCAAGGAGUUCGAGGAUCGCCUCGACAAGGCCGAGGCUCAGCAGAUCCGCGAGAAGAUCGCCACUCUGCGUGAGUUCGUUGUCAAGAACCAGUCUGGUGAGGGCACCGCCACUGCCGAGGAGCUCAAGCAGAAGACCGAUGAGCUCCAGACCGCCAGCUUGACCCUCUUCGACAAGAUGCACAAGGCCCAGAACGAGCAGCAGCAGCAGCAGCAGUCUCAGAACCAGGAGGGCGAGAACAAGUCCUAA